GUGAACCAGAUCAUGGAGACCAACCUGUGGCUCAAGCAAAUCUGGAAUGACUACAAGCUGAAGUGGAACCCCGCUGACUACGAUGGGGCAGAGUUCAUGCGCGUGCCCGCGCAGAAGAUCUGGAAGCCCGACAUUGUGCUGUACAACAACGCCGUUGGGGACUUCCAGGUGGACGACAAGACCAAGGCUCUACUCAAGUACACAGGAGAAGUGACGUGGAUCCCCCCGGCCAUCUUCAAGAGCUCAUGCAAAAUCGACGUGACCUACUUCCCCUUCGAUUACCAAAACUGCACCAUGAAGUUCGGCUCCUGGUCCUAUGACAAGGCCAAGAUCGACCUGGUGCUGAUCGGCUCCUCCAUGAACCUCAAGGACUACUGGGAGAGCGGCGAGUGGGCCAUCAUCAAGGCCCCGGGCUACAAGCACGACAUCAAGUACAACUGCUGUGAGGAGAUCUACACCGACAUCACCUACUCGCUCUACAUCCGCCGCCUGCCCCUGUUCUAUACCAUCAACCUCAUCAUUCCCUGCCUCCUCAUCUCCUUCCUGACCGUGCUGGUAUUCUACCUGCCCUCCGACUGCGGUGAGAAGGUGACCCUCUGCAUCUCCGUGCUGCUCUCCCUGACCGUCUUCCUUCUGGUCAUCACUGAGACCAUCCCGUCCACCUCGCUGGUCAUCCCCCUGAUCGGCGAGUACCUCCUGUUCACCAUGAUCUUCGUCACCCUGUCCAUCGUCAUCACCGUGUUUGUGCUCAACGUCCACUACCGCACGCCCACCACACACACCAUGCCCACCUGGGUGAAGGCCAUCUUCCUGGACUUGCUCCCCAGGGUCAUGUUCAUGACCAGGCCGGCCGGCAAUGAGGAACCCCUGGCACAGAAGCCCAAAGCCGUGCAGGGUGCCGAGCUCUCCAACCUGAACUGCUUCCGCCGGCCCGAGGCCCCCCCAGGCUGCCUGGAGGGUUCCCACUGCCGGGACGGACUGUGCGGCUCCUGCCUACAGCCCCGCAAGGUCAAGAUCUCCAAUUUCAGUGCCAACCUGAAACGGAGCAACAGCUCCGAGUCCCUGGAGGCCAUGCUAUCCCUCUCAGCCCUGUCGCCGGAGAUCAGAGAGGCCAUCCAGAGUGUCCGGUAUAUCGCCGAAAACAUGAGAGCACAGAAUGAAGCCAGAGAGAUUCAAGAUGAUUGGAAGUAUGUUGCCAUGGUGAUUGAUCGUAUUUUCCUGUGGGUCUUCAUCCUGGUGUGCAUUUUAGGGACCGCUGGGCUGUUCCUACAGCCCUUAAUGAUCAGGGAUGAUGCCUAAGUAUUGAAUUCAU